AUGGCUGUACUCAAGUUCGACUCAGGCGACAAAGUCAUAGCUGACGUGACUCGCGAGUCCGGAGCCAAACUGAAAAUCUGGGGCGAAGUUAUCGAGAAGCAGCAGUCCUCUUCUCAUGACACGAAUACGUACAAAAUCCAUGUACUGAAGAAGAUGGACAUCCCUCAGACAAUGUCUGACAAAGGGGAUGCUUGGAAGGACUCAAAUGAGCAAAGCGAAUGGGUUGCAGAAGCCUGGGUUGAGGCGAUACCAGACACGUUUGAGCUCGCAAAUUAUGAUGAUAUGCUGCUCUGCGACACAGACCCAUCCACAGCUGGCCGGUCUGUGUCUCAACCCGCUGGGUGGUCAACUGGGGCCGCGCCUAACCCGUG